AUGUCAGCAGUCAUUUCAAAUGUUACAACUCCAUUCAAGAGAUUAAAAUGGGGGUUCAUUCCUCAAAGAAGAAUAAUAGAUGAAGAUGAAGAUGGAAAUUUUAUAGAUACAGAUCAUGAUUCUACAACAAAAGAAAAUUCAAGUGAAAAAAAUUCAAGCAUUAACAUUAUUGAAAAAGAUACUUCAAGUGAUAACCAAAAUAGUUCAAGUGACGAUUCAAGUACAACUCUUGAAUAUAGAGAUGAAUCAAAUAGACCUUGGUGGAAAUUCUUUGACGAAUAUGAAUAUAGAGUUAAAUCAUCUACAAAAAAUUCAAAAAAAUGGUAUAAAUGGUUUCACGAGGAUGAUACAACUGAGGAGAAGAAAUUAAUUAGUAAGUUGGAUAUUAUUUUAACAUUUUAUGGAUUGAUGAUUUAUUUUGUUCGUUAUUUGAGUCAAACAAAUCUUGUUAAUGCAUAUGUUGGUGGAAUGAAAGAAGAUUUAAAAAUGUUUGGAAAUGAAUUAAUUGAUACUCAAGUUGUUUUUAAUAUUGGUAAUGUUAUAUUUCAAUUGAUUUUUAGUUUCAUCAUUUAUGCAUAUCCUUUGAAUUAUGUUCUUCCUGGGUUGGAUGUUUGUUGGUCAGUUUUAACUAUAGUCACAGCAGAAGUUAAUAAUGUUGCCAGUCUUAAAGCCAUAAGGUUCUGGAUUGGUGCUGCGGAGCUGCCUUUUUAUGUAUCGUAUCAUUACUUGUUAGCUUCUUGGUACAGAGGAAGUACGGGUGAAAUUGCAAGAAGAGCUGGCUGCUUUUACUUUGGGCAAUUUCUAGGGGUUUUAACUUCUGGUUUAAUUGCUGGAGCAGUUGAACGAGCAUUUGGAGGGAUAUACGGAAGUUCAUGGAGAUGGAUUUUUAGAAUUGAUGGAAUUAUAAGUUUAGUUGUUGGAAUUAUUGGAUUUUAUUCUAUACCUGGUACACCAUCUGAUUGUUAUUCAAUUUUUUUAUCUGAUGAAGAUAUAAGAGCUGCUAGAAGAAGAAUGAAAAGAGAUAAUGUUGAUCCAAGACCAAGAACUGAUGUAUAUAAACAUUUUUUUGAUAAAUCUGUUUGGAUUUCAAUUUUCACAAGUUGGCACUUCUAUGUCUUAACUAUUUGGUGUAUUUUAUUAUGGAGUAAUGCUAAUGGACCUUCAGGUGCUUAUGCAUUAUGGUUGAAAUCUUUAAAAAAUGAUGAUGGAACUCCAAGAUUUGGCGCAGGCCAGUUGCAAGACUACACGGCAUUGACUCCUGCCUUAGGGCUAGUGUGGUUGAUCUUGACUUGCUCCUUUGCUGACUUGUUAAGUAGUCGUUGGGGCGCAGUUAUAUUUUCACAGGUCUUGAAUGUGAUUUGUAAUUUAUUAUUAGCAAUUUGGAAUAUCCCAGAAGGUGCAAAAUGGUUUGCUUGGUGUUUACAAUAUACAAGUUGGAGUGCUUCACCAGUUAUGUAUAGUUUUCAAGGUGAUAUUUGUCGUAUGGAUAGUAGAAAGAGACUGGUUUUGUUAGUGCUUAUGAAUACUAUAGCUCAAGCUUUUAAUAUUUGGAUUUCAAAAUUGAUUUGGCCAACGGUGGAAGCACCAAGAUAUUUGAAAGGAUUUACUACAACUACUGCUAUUUCAUUUUCAUUGAUCUUAUGGACCCUAGUAGUCCUUUACUUUUACAAAAAACAAGAAAGAAGUAACGCCUUGAAAAAUGGGAUUUAUCUCAUCAAUUCUGAUAAGGAAAAGAAUGUGGAUCAUGUUGAUAAAACUUAG